AUGUCAACCUCGAUGUCAAACCCUACUGAAUUGUAUCCUCUAGUGGAGCUGAACUUCAAAUGUGUUUUUCUUCGAAAUCCUUUCCCGUAUAAUCAUGGUAUCAAAUUCACAUUCACUGAUCAUGAUUUUGUCAGAAUGACAUACUCUGAGUGUAUCACAUUUCCCGAACGUUUCAUGCAAGAAAGUAUAAAGAAGUUAUUCUACUAUGAGCCAUCUAAUACCUUAUUGUAUGGUAUUACUCCUAUUACACAUGAUGAAUAUUACGAUGAUUUCAUUUUUGAUGACUAUAGAACCGAUGGUAUAAUUUCCCUCUAUGUGGACCAUGUCGGUGAAGGGUGA